AGCGUUAAUGAAACAUUUAGCACACGUAUUUAUUGCUUACGUUGCUUCACCAAUCUAUUAGUAAUCUUCUGCUAAUGUAGUAGUGUAGUGUAGUUUUAUUACAACUAUCAGCUGAUUAAUAGUAUAUCUUUUUAGUGAUUUACAACUGGCAGAUUGGAGAAGUACAAAGUUAGUAGAAAGAACGUAUAAGGAAGUGAUCACCUGUAUAACAUAUAAAGAAUUACAAUGCGUUUAGUAAUUUGUGAUACAGUAGACUAUGUCUCAGAAUGGUCUGCUAAAUAUGUUUUAAAAAGAAUUAAAGAUUUUGAACCUAAUGAAAAUAAAUAUUUUGUUCUUGGUCUUCCUACAGGUGGUACACCUCUGGGAAUGUAUAAGAAGUUAAUAGAAUAUUAUAAAGCUGGAAAAAUAUCUUUUAAAUAUGUCAAGACUUUUAAUAUGGAUGAAUACGUUGAUUUACCAAGAGAUCAUCCAGAAUCAUAUCAUUAUUACAUGUAUAAUAACUUUUUUAAGCAUAUAGAUAUUGAUCCCAAAAAUGUUCAUAUUCUUGAUGGAAAUGCACCUGAUCUUGUAAAAGAAUGUGAUGAUUUUGAAAAAAAUAUUAAAGAAGCUGGUGGAAUUGAACUUUUUAUUGGAGGUAUUGGACCGGAUGGUCAUAUAGCUUUUAACGAACCAGGUUCUUCGUUAGCAUCUCGUACUAGAGUUAAAACAUUAGCUAUAGAUACAUUGGAAGCGAAUGCUAGAUUUUUUGGAAAUGAUAUCUCCAAAGUUCCUAAACAGGCUUUAACUGUUGGUGUUGGUACUGUUAUGGAUUCCAAAGAAGUUAUGAUACUCAUUACUGGAUCUCAUAAAGCGUUUGCUCUUUAUAAAGCAAUAGAAGAAGGAGUUAAUCAUAUGUGGACAGUAUCUGCAUUUCAACAACAUCCACGUACAUUAAUUAUAUGCGAUGAAGAUGCUACUUUGGAAUUGCGUGUAAAAACAGUUAAAUACUUUAAGGGUCUCAGUGCUGUACAUCGUAAAUUGAUCGAAGAAGAUGGAAAUACGAUACCACGUCGUUCAAUAAAUGACAGUUAAAAUGAAUUUAUGGGAUAUCCAUAGCAAGUUGAUAGAAGAAUCAAACCAUGGAUUACGUUGAUACAAUAACCAAUACCCUAAGGUGUAAUAUAAAAGACUUCAUAUGUGAAAAGGACUCGAAAGAAUUGAUCUGAAAUUUUGGUUCAGACUAUAAUGGUAAAAUAUUUGACAAAUACACUGCGUCAUAAUUGUUUACUUAUAUAUUCCUCUUUUAUGUGUAUUAUAUUAUA